CGGGCUUCGCUAAUGUUGAAAGCAGUGAUCAUUGGAGCAUCCCCAUGAACUGCCGUCAGAAACAAAGGAAAACAUAAACCGACGUCACUGACGAGAGAGAGAGUGAGAGUUAAAUAAACCAAAAAUAGGGAGUGUAGGAGCCAGUGACAUCCUGCAUGAUGGUGUAUUAGCAGGUUGCCAGCUAGGUUGGCUCACCAGCAUCUCUCUCUCUUCCCAAGGCCCCAGAAACUCUCUCUCUCUCUCUCUCUCUCUCUCUCUCUCUCUCUCUCUCUCUCACGGGUUGUAGCGGUCACUCGGGAAAGAUAAAAAAAAAAAAAUCCAUCUUUGUCUUACUCUCUUCUCCGUCUAUGACGCCAUGAGAUAGAUAGAUAGUCGCAGGAUACUACGUGGUUUUUUCCCCCAUUUUCAUGGCGUCUUGUACUCAGGGGGAUACGCAGAAAUGAAAAAUGGUAUCCAUGUUUAAUCAUAAUCACCUCGUGAUGCUGGGUUCACGAUAGCAACGAGACAACGGGGAAUUCGGACAGACUGCAGGACGCGAAACGAGUGUUUGUAACCACCACAUGAACUGCUGCCGAUGCGAUGCCAUCCAUCGGCCAGACAUGAAAACUCCGAACCUGCAGCUACCGUGAUGAGAUGAGUGGCGUCGGAAAGCCAUUCGGACGGGGAGUUUAUUCGACAAACAGGAGCGCUUGACGGGCAAACAGAGCGAGAGAGAGAACUUGGGCCCGAUAGAAAGUUUCGUAGGGUGAUGCCUGUAUAGCUAUGCAGGAUUCUUGUCCUCAUCACGCAUUUUGUACAAGUACUCCUCCGUCUGACCCUACUGCUCCUAAUACCAGUAGAAAAAUGCCGGGGUCCCGCCCUCUUCUGUGACGUCACCCAGUGCCUUCCUCUCAUUGGUGGGACGAUCUCAGGGGGCGGAGCGAGGCGCGCGCUGAUUGGCCAGUCUGCGUGGAUGGUGAAGUUUAGUCAAUCGAUAACACAUCCCGAGUCGGAGCCAAAUUAAAGGUAAAUAAUAGACGGCUUUCACAGUGAACGGACGUGUAUAGAGCGUGCUCUGUGGUGCCAUUCAUGUGUCCAGGGUUACUCUAGCCACAAUACGGUGAAUAGUGUAGAGUGGAGACAACAACAAGUGGUGGUUCUGUACUCGCUUGCUACGUAACUCAACAAUAUCGAGAACUCAGUGCAACACACAUUAACGCACAUAUCCCUCGUUUUGGCUUUCAGCCGCCGAUAAAUGCAGUGCUAGAUUCCCGACUGUCACCAAGAAAGCCACCAUUGCCGGCAUCAAGUCCUACAGUGCCCUUGUGUCGGGCGCUGAAUACCCUGCGGCGGUGGAGGGAGCGAGGUCUGUGUGGGAACGCCGUUGGCGUAACAGCGGGAGGCACGAAUCCGUCAGCCACAAGGAGCCCCGCGAAGCCGCCACCCUGGAGUACUACAGCAGCGCAGCGCUCAAGCCAUCCAGUAUGCUCACCCUCGACCCGCCAGACCUCAAAGGGGGCAGUUUGCAUUCCCCACACUUGCCCCCUCAUUCCUCCCAUUCCCAUUCAGUUCCCCACACCGUCUCCCAUGCCCAUCACAAUUCCCAUUCCCACACGUAUUCCCUGUCUCACCCUUCCUCCUUGACUUCGCUCAAUUCCUCGCUCACCUCCUCACUCUCGACCCCUUCCCUGGCGUCCGUCGGGAGCAUGAGCGCCCAUUCGCCUCCCCAAACACACGUGCCGACGCCCACCAACAACAACAAUAGCUCCACCAAUAACAACAACAACGGCUCCACCAACAACAGCUCGAGUAAUAGCAGCAGCAACAACAAAAGUAACGCCUCGGCCUCCAGUUCCGCCGCCGAGAGAGUGAAACGCCCCAUGAAUGCCUUUAUGGUUUGGUCUCGAGGCCAGAGACGCAAAAUGGCCCAGGAAAACCCCAAGAUGCACAACUCGGAGAUCUCGAAGCGUCUCGGGGCCGAGUGGAAGCUGCUCUCGGAGACCGAGAAGAGACCAUUCAUCGACGAGGCCAAGAGACUGCGAGCAGUGCACAUGAAGGAGCAUCCAGACUACAAGUACAGACCUCGGCGGAAGACCAAGACUCUCAUGAAGAAGGACAAGUACCCCUUGGCAUCCGGUCUCCUCCCAUCCGACCCCACGCGACCUCCCGUACAGCAAGUGACCCGAGAUAUGUACAAUAUGACCAAUGGCUACAUGCCCAAUGGCGACUACGGCGAUUACGGUGAGUGGCGAUACGGGUAUGACGGCUACGGUGCAAGCCAAGGCUAUCCAUACAUGACAAGCCAAGUCUACAGCGGUUACGACAUGACCAGGGGCUACUCUCCGACUUCCUCCAGCACGCCUUCCUACAUGAAUGGCUCGUACAGUUCUGCGGCCAUGUAUGCAUCGGCUCCUUCUCCUUAUUCCAUGAGCCAAAUUCUUCGACUCAAGAGUGCUACCCCUCCUCCCUUGCAGAUGGCGUCCAUGGCGUCAGGAGUUGGUUCUGUGGGCUCCGUCGGAUCUUCUGCGUCUCAUUCACCGACGCCCAUCAAAUCUGAGACGCCCACUCUCCCAGUGUCAUCCCCUGGGGCCACCAUGCCUCCUUCUGCAAGCCAUACCACGGCAAGCGACUAUCAAAGUGCCGUGAUGAAACGCGAGUACGGUUCGGGUCAGCCUGGACAGCAGGACCUCUCCCAGAUGAUCUCCAUGUACCUGCCGGGCUCCCAGGAACGCCACGAACAGCAGAAGGCAGCAGCUGCCGCCGCAUAUAUGUCCCACGCCCAUUAUCACGCCCACGCCGCCGCCUCACCUGAGCAGAUGCCGCCCGCGCCAAUGCCACUCGCCCAUAUGUAACAAGGGGUUGAAUGAAGCGCCUGUGAGCCACAUCAUCUUUCCCCCUAAAAAUCGAGCCGGGACUAAAACACACCGCCCACCUCAUGAGGCCUCAGGAAGAACGCUCAGGGCACCAACACCUGAAAGAAUUAUUAUGGUCAUUACAGUGCCACCUUGCGACGCCCUCACACAACAUGGAAAUGAGGCUUAAGAGACACAGGUGUCUGUAGGUAGACAGGCACACCUGGUGCCAGCAACCUCCCCCCCCCCCCCCUCACCCCCAUCCCCAUCCCCAUCCUUUCCCUCACCUACCCACGGCCACUCACACUUGUUCUGGAAUGCUAAAAAAAAAAAAAGUCUUUUGCUUGCUGGGUUUGUUGUCGCUGUUGCUGCUGCUGCUGCUGCUGCUACCGCUACUUCUCGCGCCUGCUGCCUGGUCGAAAGGAUGAAGGACUUAUGAUCAAAGGGCUGAAAACCUUCUUGUGCAUCGCUGUUAGUACGGUAACUCCAUAUCCUCUUGCACUGAGUACAAGUUUUGAAUGGGUGUGCUGGACCUGGUAGUCGGUGACUUCUUGGUCAAACCAGGUCUCAACAGGUCUCAAGUUGCUGUGGUCCAGCGCCCAAUUUUCUCCCGUUACCGUUACUACGAGAGAGGAUCGUUCUUGUAUGAAAUCCCUCGGGGCUUUCAGCGUCAAGGCCGUUGCCCCUUUGGUGCCUACGAUCCAAUUGUCCCGAUAAUGAGAGCGGCAGCAGAAGGAAAGAGACGUGGACGGAAUGCUCCAGAUGAUCAUCGUGGCGCCGAUGCUGUGACACGACGACGACGACGACGGCGUCUUCUUCUGAGACGUCAGACAGAAGAAGAAGGAAGUGAAGCGAACGAAAGAAAGACUCGGUUGUGGGUGGUGGGGUGACGCGAUUGUGCUGUUGGUGAGUGUGUGUGCGUGCGUGCAUGCGUGUGCGUGUGUUUGUGAUGGUGGAGGUGUCUCAUCCAGUGAAUUCCCGGCUCCGACUCUAGGUGGCUGGAACUCUCUGAUCAAAUGUGAUAAUCGCAUAAAUGUAAUGUUAUGACUAAAUAUUAAUACUAUUAAUGGCGAGAAUAAAUAAAAAAUGGUGUGUAUGUAAUACUACGUUCUUAUUGCCAUAAUUUAUACGGAGGUUUGUGUGUUAUGAUACCUGAGGCCUUCAGGUAACGUGUUAGUUAGCGCUGGUCAUGUGUACACGUGUGUGUGUGUCAGUGUGCACGGAGGGGCCGGCCAACCUUGUACAUAAAGUUUGCGCCCUGUACAUAAACCCCCCCCCCCCCCCCCCCUCACUGCUCCGGGGGCUAUCACCCUCACUCCGCCCACGCUCGGGAAGACUCAAGUGUGAGUACAGUUUAGGGUGGGUGGCAGCUCCCGCCCCCCGCCGGCCCCACGCUGCCCGCCCCUCCCCCGUAGCCGCCCACCUCGCUGCCCACCCAGCCUCCGCCCGCCCCCCCGCUAGAAUCAACUCCACUGUGCCCAAAAUCCGAAGUGUCGAACGACGGCAAAGUCACCAUUGAUUGAUUUCAUUCUAUAAAUUGGCGUUACAAUAAUUACGGUCAUUGGCGCCGAAAAAAAGGACGAUGAUAGUUGACGUCGUGAAAAUUCAGAGGCAGUGGGACUGAAAAGAUCAAACGGACAUUCAUCAAGAAAUUCAUUCUCCCAGGAGGGCUGGUGUUGUCCAAAACGCGCAGGACCGAAAGGGGGGCGGCGAUUUGUCCCGUUAGCGGGACAUUCGUUGUCCCCAGAUGUCAGUCAGCCUGUUUUGCCUGAUGUGCCGCCUAAAUUCACCCACAGGUAGUCGUCCUGCAGCUGUGAUCGCCGAAGAAGCAGUGUUGAUUCGUUUGAAGAGGAGGAAGAUAGUUGAUGAUGACGAUGAUGAUGGCCUUCGCGUCCGUCCGCCCCGGUUGGAUGGAUGAAUGAUAAAAGGCCUCUUCUUGUUUUUUUCCCAGAGGUUACGACGAAGUUAUAGGACAGUCUCUCUCUCUCUCUCUCUCUCUCUCUCUCUCUCUCUUCUCUCACUUUAAUAUCUCCUUGCAUAAAAACCGCGUUGGGUGUGCUACAAAGACGCGUAGCACUGUGGGCGGCACGGGCGGGGUGGGCGGCAGCGGACCAGUAAACCGGAUCAGGUGAUUGAUCCUUCUUUGCUGUCCGUUUUCAUCUUUUUUGGCUUUUAUUUUUAUUUGUCUAAUUCUGUAUAUCAUUUGUACAUAAUGCACCAAUAUUUGUCUUGUUAUACAACACAGUGGAUGAACCGACGUUUCUUUAUCGUUGGAAAUGAAAAAAUAAAAGAAAUAAGUGGAA